AUGUCGCUAUUCAGACAUAAAAUAGAAACAUUUCUAUGUGGAUUCUUAAAAAAUAUUAACACUCUCAACGAGGAAAUUACUUCUCUUCAAAGUCAGUCUCAGGGAAUUCAAAUUGUCACUAAAAAUUGUCAGUCAAUUUCAAAUCGGCUUGGACCAAUUCUCGACGAGCUUACAGUACCUGAUUCAGUGAUGAGAAUUAUAAUUAACUUGCCAGUCACUGAAAGCGAGUUUAAAAACCAACUUGAAAUGUUAGAUCGAAAAAUGCAAUUUAUAACGAAUUUUGACGAGGAAAAACCAAAAGCUUGUCAAGAGGUGAUUGAAAAUUUAGAAAUAGUCAUAAAACAUGUUUGAUAUUAAUUUUCCAUUAAGGCUUCUACAAAAAUACAUGAUUUUUUGAAUUCAAAAAUAUAUGAACUGCGAGGGACUCUUUCAAAUUAUCAAUACCUUCAGGAAACACUUAUGGA